UACAGACUGACUGAGGAUUGUAAUGCUCAUUGUCAUGGACAGUUGCGAUCUCUGAGCUAUUUGCACGUUUUUUCUCGGUCACUUCGUGGUCAGCGCAUGGUGUUGGGUAGUGCGAUUGGGACAGUGCUGCUCUUUCCCCGGUGCUGAUGGAGGGACAGAUCAGUCGCUGUAAGAUCGUGGUGGUCGGGGACACUCAGAGCGGAAAAACCGCUUUAUUGCACGUGUUUGCUAAAGACAGCUACCCUGAGAACUAUGUGCCCACUGUGUUUGAGAACUACACAGCAAGUUUUGAGAUCGACAAGCAUCGGAUUGAGCUGAACAUGUGGGACACAUCAGGCUCGUCAUACUACGACAACGUGAGGCCGCUGGCGUACCCGGACUCAGACGCCGUCCUCAUCUGUUUCGACAUCAGCAGACCUGAGACUCUAGACAGCAUCCCAAAAAAGUGGCAUGCGGAAGCUCAGGAAUAUUGCCCCAAUGCUAAGCUAGUCCUGGUGGGCUGCAAGCUCGAUAUGAGAACAGACGUCGGCAUCCUACGAGAACUGUCCAAACAGCGGCUCAUACCAGUCACACACGAGCAGGGCAGCCUGCGGGCGAGGGAACUCGGCGCGGUAGCCUACGUGGAGUGUUCGUCGCGCAUGUGCGUGAACAGCGUGCGAGACGUGUUCCACAUCACAACCCUCGCCUCGGUCAGACGACCCGGACCCGGACUCAAACGCAGCUCGUCUCGACGCACCCUGAAGCGCAUAUCCCAUCACCCCCUGUUGCCUGUGACCUCCCACACCGCACCUCUGGAACCCUCCCCAACUCUCAGAAAGGACCGAGCCAAGAGUUGCACUAUCAUGUGAAUAAAAAAGUGAACAAGGACAAAAA